AAAAAAAUGGGAAGAGGGAAAAUAGAGAUGAAGAAAAUUGAGAACACAAGUAGUAGACAAGUAACAUUUUCAAAAAGAAGAGCAGGACUUUUUAAGAAAGCUGAAGAAUUGUCUGUUCUUUGUGAUGCUGAAAUUGGUGUUAUUGUUUUCUCCAAUACUGAUAGGCUUUAUGAAUUUGCUAGCUCUAAAUCCAGCAUGGAAAAAAUUGUGGAUAGAUAUAACAAUUCUUCACAUUCAUCUGAGCAUCCUACAGUUGAAAAUUUGGUAGAGCCUGAAUUGAAUUCCUUGAAAGCUGAAGUUGCAAAAUUACGAAAGGCUACCGGGAGGAUGAUGGGGAAAGAACUAGAUGACCUGGACUUCAAAGAAUUGCAGCAAUUAGAGCAUCAACUAACUGAAGGCAUUUUAUCUGUUAAGAAUAAGAAGGAACAAGUACUGUUGGAGCUACUUGAAAAAUCAAAUCUGCAGAUUGAGGAACUUGGACACAAAUCCUGUAAUCAUUAUCCUGAAAAUUAUGAAGCAGCAAGGAAAAUUUCUGGUGGAAAUUCAACAGUUAUUUGUGAUUUUAAAUCAGUUGGAGAAGAAAAUUCAGACACUUCUUUGAGCUUAGGACUAUCAGUUGCUACAAGUCAGAAGAAAAGAAAUCCAAAAAUUGAAUGCACUUCAAAUGAUUCUGAGAAUCUAAUGAUUUUAGAUUAAUAUUUUCUUGAAUACAAACUCACAUUUUCAUAAUAUU